AUGUCAGGCUGUGCAGUUUGUUUUGACUUGGAUCCUAGAUCUGAAAGUGGAAAACUCAACUGGAAGCGCCAUAUCACAGAUAAUUUAAAAUAUGAAUAUCGUCUUCACUUUGAUGCUGAUCAAAUUGACAAUGCAGCUAGAGCGGGUUGUCCCAACUGUUCCGUGCUUCGAAGUGGGCUUCGAUUAAUACAAAAUCAUUAUUUGCCCGUCAAACGUAUCAUGGAUGUAGAAAGAACAGGAAAGUUGAUUAUCCGAAAAGGCUGCCCAUUGCAACUAGAGCUCAAGAACUUUCUGCGGUUUGAUUACUUUUCAAAAACAGAGCCUCAACAAGAACACAAACCACAAAACCCUGGGCAAGCAGCGUUUGGCAUCGCCAAAGACGUUUCUCCGAAUAUCUCAAUCGGCAACACACAAUCCUUUCCAAUUGUUGAUGGAUACCAAAGUACUGACUGGAAUAUACAUGUGCGACCCUCGUUUGAGCCUAUUCAUCAUCGUUAUAAUAAGUCAUUUGGAUCCGAACCCGACCCAUUGGACAAAGAAGUUACUCCACUACUUUGUCGAGCUUGGGUUUUUCAAGAACGACAGUUGGCGCCACGCACACUCCACUUUCAUCCUUCUGAGUUGGUAAUGGAAUGUAAGACUGGCCUUCGCUGCGAAUGUACAGUGCUUGAUCGAGCACAAAAAGCUUCAACCAAAUUUGCAAAGACGCCAGAUUCAACGAACCUCGAAAAAUACGGGACUUUCGCUCAAUGGUACGAACUUGUAAGAGAAUAUUCCCAGUUGUCGAUCACACACCAGUCGGACAGACUGAUUGCCCUUAUUGGAGUUGCGACUCAGUUUCAGGAAAAAGUCAAGUGUGGAUCCCUUGCAGGGCUAUGGGAUCUCGAUAUUGCUAAAGGCUUGAUGUGGAAUAUCACAGGUUAUGACUAUAUGCGCGGAAAAAUGAAUAUUAAACGAGUCAGGAAACCUUUUACCUUUGCUCCUAGCUGGUCCUGGGCCUCGGUAGUUCCAGGUCCAGAAUCUCCAGCUCCCUCAAUUUCUUUCCCUUUAGAUCAAACACUCACACCCCAUGACAAAUUCAAAUUUCUCGGCACAGACAUACCAAGGCUAGCUAGUGGAUGGCACAUGACACUCGGAACAGGACAUAUAAGAGUAAACGUACUUGCGGUUCCAGCCAUCAUCUAUAACGAACGCAGAGGACCCAGUCGUUCUAUCAAGACACAACUUCUGUUCGAGUCCAAAUCUUACCAACAGUAUCAUUUUAAUCCAAACCGAAGGUACAGAGUGAAUUUAGACGUCACUCAGACCGCAGUGCCAUCGAAAUAUUAUGGAACGAUGAGCGGUGUUGCAAUAUACUGUUUGAUUAUUGCAACUAGAAUACAGUCGCAUCAGAAACUUAAUACCAAGGCUGCUUGGCUAUAUGUUCUACUUUGUAAGCAGUGCGGAAAUGAAUCACAAGAAGUUGAAUGUGAACGAGUGGGAGUCUUCCACAUUUUGAAAGAUGAUAUGCCCCUCGAAUGCUCAAAGGAAAUGACUGUUAAGCUUGUCUGA